ACAGGUAAGUGGCACACCUGUGGGGAGCACAGCACUCUCCUCUGCGAUUCAACAACAACAGCGGCUUUGAAGGGAACACCUCUGACCUGUCCCUGAAAUCAUUGAAUGAAACAUGAAGAAACUGGCAGCUUUGUCUCAGUUGUUACUGGUCGUGGUAAUUGCUGUCAGUCUGGGGACAGUGGGAGGUUCCACUGAAAUUCCAAAUGAACUGUCAGUUCCCUCUGUCGCUCCAACUUCAUCUCCCUCACCGUCCAGCCCCAAUAGCUCCAGGGAGGAUUAUGAGGAUUAUGAAGAUGAUGAUUAUGUGGAUGAAUAUGAUGAAUUGACACCUGAAGAACUGGAAGAUGGAGUGUUGCCAGUGAAAGUCCAGCCAGUUGUUAAACCCAAGAACAAAGCCGGGAAGAAAAAAGGCCUGAGACAAUUUAGGAAUAAGGCAAAGAGGAAAAGGACUGGAACAAAGAAGCAGAAUGAUCCAUGUAAGGCCGAAUACAAGGAUUUCUGUAUUCACGGGAAAUGCGUCUUCUUGAAAGAACUCAACAAGACAUCAUGUAUAUGUCUUCCUGGAUACCAAAAUGAACGCUGUGGGAUAAAGACAUUGUAUACUGGAACAACCAAAGAACGGAUUAAUAGCCUCUCGAUUGUCCUAGUGAUAGCAGCUGGGAUGCUACUUGUCUUUGUAAUAGCUGUGACUGUUGUUGCAACGAUGCACAUUCGGAGAAAAGUGCAGACGGGGCAUGAUGUAUUGAGUGAAGAAAAACAAAAACUGAGAACAGAGAAUGGAAAUGUAGUUUAAAAACGAAGGACCGCAUCAGACGUUUCUAACCUGAAGAAAUCAUCCAAACUAUCAAUCUCCCACAUUUAUUUAUGAGAUGACCACUCUCCCUCCCUCUCCUGGUUAAUGCCUGCUGUUGAUGUAUACAGUUACUUAGAACAACGUACACAGUCCAAAGUCCAGUGAUAUAGCUAAUGUAUAAGAUGAACUAAAGAAUAACAACUUGAAUUUAUGUAGCAUCACUUGAAAUUAUAUAUUGUCCUGUGACCCCACACCCUUCUAACUGGCAAAACAAUUGGCACUGAGGGUCAAAGAGAACAGUGAAGUUGCCAUUGUCAUGCCAGACCAUCGGGCUGUUCUCUCACUCAAGAGAGACAACUGGUGGUGGUGUAACCUGAGGGUUACCAUUGUCUCAGGGUGAGGGGAGAGGUUGAGGAGGAGAGUCCUUCAUACUAACCUUAGCUGGUACAGGAAUUGAACCCACACUGCUGGUGUUGCUGCAUUGUAGACCAGCUUUCCAGCCAACUGAGCUAGUGCCUAGUAGCAGUCCUGGAAGCAGAGAGAGUUUGUCAGUGAGGAGCAGAGCUCGAUGGAUAGCUGAUUUAAGGUGGGUUGAAGGGAGGACCUUUGUCAUAAAGGGCAAAGUCAGAGAAAUGUUGCUUUCCAGAGGGUAGGGUGUGCUGGAGGCUCCAGAGAUAAGUUGAGGAUUUUGAAAACACCAAUGACAUUUUUCACAGCCAGCCUUUACUGGAUUGAUCCAGCAUAAGUCAACAAACACAGAGGGGUCAUGUUCAAAUCAGACUCAAUGGUCCAAUGCUUCGGAUGUAGCCUUGUCCUUGCCACAUUGGCACAGAAGAGUUUAUUGUGUAACAGUUAUUAGCUAAAGAGAAGACUAUAGACUAUGUUUUCCGCAAAACAUUGGAGCUCCUUCCAAUGAAUCAUCAACAUUUUGUUUCCUUUAUUCAUUUACAGGAUGAGAGUGUCUCUGGCUAGUCAGCAUUUAUUGCCCUAAUUGCCC